AUGGCUUCCCGAGAAGAAAUGUUACGCCUCGAUAUUGUUCAUAUUUCGAUGAUUGAACUCUGUCCAGAAGAAGAACAAAGCAUUCAUCAGCGUAGGAUGACAUCGAGAGAUUUGCAUAAGUUGAUGAUGAUAUAUCUUCAUCAAUUUGAUCUCUAUCCAUCCAUAUUUUUACGUUGCUUUAAAGUGUACCCGACGUUGAUUUCAACUCUGAUUGAACAUUGGAGGCCUGAGACGCGCACUUUUCAUUUCCCGAGUGGUGAAGCCACGAUUACUUUGGAAGAUGUCGUUUACCAACUCAUUGUUCCUGUUAAUGGUUUUGCUUUCGUCAGGAUGAACAAUUACUACCCCAUCCCUUUGGUCCACAAUGUUUUGGGAAGGCAGCCAUCAUCCGAGGUCAUGGACGGCUAUCAAAUAUGA